CACAAAAAAUUAUUAUUAGUGUCACAUUUUUAAUCCACGUCACUAAAAGAAUUAGUAACACACAUAAAUAAUGUAAUUAAAAUCUAUAUAGUUUUAGAAACAAACUUAAAUGUUGCUGAAAAACUUCAAACUUUCACCCUUACUUUCAAUUUCCCUAAACUUUUUUUAAAGAAAUUGUUAAAUAUAUAUUCUCUUUGUAUCUUCCCCUUUCUCUCCUCAAGAAAACUCUUCCCAAAACCCCUACCUUUUAAAAACUUUCUUUUAUAAAAAUACCUUUUCUUUUUUUAAUUUCUCCCUCUUUUCCCCCUUCCCUAAAAUUCCCCCCACUUUUCCAAUCUCCCUUUCCCCCCACCCACCCCCGAUUUCAUCUUAACCAUGCCACUUAACCAUGCCAUUGUUGGGAAUGAUAAGAUAAUUCGCUUGGCAAAUGGGUUUGUACAGCUUAAUGAUUUGAGCUUUAGUGACAAUUCAAGUUGGACCAAAACUAAGAAGUUUAGAUUGGGAGUGAAAUUUGUGGAUGACGAAAUCAAAACUAAGUUUCCAAGAAUUGAGGGAGCUAUCUCCGAACCUUUUAGAGUGAUGGAUCAGCGUGGUGAAGGGUACAAGAAACACCACCCUCCAAGUAGGGGAGAUAAAAUCUGGCGAUUAGAAGGAAUUGCCAAAAAUGGUGCAUAUCUCCAACGCUUGUCCUCCAACGAAAUAAAAAAUGUGGAUGAUUUUUUGAAGACUUAUAAACAAAAGGGUUCUACUUACCUGAAACAGCUACUUGGUGAGAAAGUCUCUAUCGGCGAACAGAAGAAGAAGAGAGGAAAAGGAGGGUGGGCGGCGGCUGGGUAGAAAAGAAAAGAAAACU